AGCGUUCUGCAGUGAGAGGUUCUACAGUUAACGUUCAGUGCGUUUACCGUUCUUAGCUUGAAUCGAUUUAUAGUCUACGCGAUAUUAACAAGUGUCACGCGCCGGUUAUUUCUAAUACAGUACGAUAUAAUAGCUUGAUACUAUUUCCUGAAUAGAGUAUGUCAUACAACGUGUCGGUAACAGUAGAAUGCGCGGAACCGUUCCUCGGGCCGACUCUUGGACAAAGUUGUCCAGGAUCGCAAUUUUUGAUGUUCAUGUCACUCGUGGACACAUACGUACGAGCUAAACAAGAUAUUUCCUUCCUUUGUGAAAGGGUCAAAUCGAUUGAUCCACCGGAAUAUUCCUACGAUUUUAUCGUCGUUGGAGGUGGAUCGGCAGGUGCCGUAGUUGCUUCUAGAUUGAGCGACAUACCCGAGUGGAAAGUUUUACUUCUCGAAGCAGGUCCUGACGAGCCACCAGGUGCUAACGUUCCGAGUAUGGUAGCGAUGUUUCUCGGUACCGAUAUUGAUUGGAAAUAUCAAACUACUAAUGAGAGGUAUGCUUGUUUAUCGAGUGGUGGAUCUUGCAAUUGGCCUCGUGGUAAAAAUCUAGGUGGAAAUUCUGCGCAUAACGGCAUGAUGUAUAUUCGUGGACACGCAAAGGAUUAUGAUAACUGGGCUGCCAUGGGAAAUGUUGGUUGGACUUGGCAAGAGGUAUUGCCAUACUUUAUGUGCUCGGAGAAUAAUACAGAAAUCAAUCGAGUCGGCAGCGAAUACCAUUCCGCCGAUGGCCUUUGGACGAUUGAGAGAUUCCCCUGGCAACCCGAAAUUACUCGCGAUAUUUUGAGUGCGGCUGCAGAGAGAGGAUAUCCGAUUACGGAGGAUAACAACGGUGCUCAAUCAACGGGAUUCACUAUAGCUCAGAUGGCCAGCAAAGAUGGAGUUAGAGUAAGCAGCUCCGAUGCUUUUCUACGUCCUAUGCGCAAUCGACGUAAUCUUCAUAUCGCUCUUAACGCUACUGUCACCAAGGUCAUCGUUGAAAAUCUCAAGGCUGUCGGAGUCCAAUACUAUCAAGAUGGUAAAUUUCGCAUAGCACGAGCUUCACGUGAGAUCAUUAUCUCUGGCGGAGCCGUAAAUUCUCCUCAAUUGCUAUUGUUAUCGGGAAUCGGUCCGAAGGAACAUUUACAAGCCGUCAAUGUUUCCGUCGUUAAAAAUUUACCAGGAGUUGGACACAAUUUACAAAAUCAUGUGUCAUAUACCCUCUCUUGGACUAUUAAUCAACCAAAUUUAUUUGAUUUGAAUUGGGCAUCUCUCCUGGAAUAUAUCGCUUUUCAUAAAGGACCUAUGUCCUCGACUGGCAUGUCCCAACUUACAGGAAUUAUACCGUCGAGCUAUACCACACCAGAUCAUCCUGAUAUUCAAUUUUAUUUCGGUGGUUAUCAAGCGGCUUGCGCAAUUACUGGCGAGGUAGGAGCAGUUAUGGAUAAUCAAGGUCGUAGUAUUAGCAUUUCUCCAACGAAUGUUCAACCACGUAGUAGAGGAAUCCUUCAAUUAGCUAGUAAUAAUCCAUUUGAAAAGCCGCUUAUUUGGGGAAACUAUUUGAGCGAUCCAAUCGAUGCCGCUAUUUUGCUUGAAGGGAUACAAAUCGCAUUAUCUUUUGCUAAUACAUCUGCGAUGGCAAAAUAUAACAUGAGUCUCAGUAAUAUGCCAUUACCCGCGUGCUCUCAAUACAGAUUUCUCAGUAAUGAGUAUUGGAGUUGUGCGAUUCAUCAGAAUACAGGUCCUGAAAAUCAUCAAGCAGGAUCUUGCAAGAUGGGACCAUCUAGCGAUCCAAUGGCUGUAGUAGAUCCUCAGCUUAGAGUUCAUGGUAUUAAAAAUCUAAGAGUAGCAGAUACGUCUAUAAUGCCUCAGGUCACGUCCGGUAACACUGGUGCUCCAGCAAUUAUGAUCGGCGAGAGAGCGGCAGCGUUCAUCAAGUCCGACUGGGGUGCUGGUGCGACACAAUGGUACGGGAAAGCUACAACCUUUAGGAAAAACCUCCAAUGGAAAGGCCAUUAGUCAUCAGCAAUUUACCAUGUUUCCUAGUUCUCGUUCGACGAUCGACAGUUCGCUGGAAUUCUUGCUAUGGGGGAUCAAAUACAUCGACUGGGACCAGGCUAUCUGGUAGUAGUAAUCCCGCAUUCCCGGCUCGACUUCUAGUCCAUGAAACAUCGACUUUCUCAAAGCUAUGCGACGUCGAUGCGCCAAUACAAGGCGACGAAAACGACGAAACGGAUCCAGCGGGAUGCCCGCAGCGAACUGCCGUGAAACCUUCUUCCUUUCUUUCUUUCUUAUAACUUCGUAGAUACUUUAAUAUAUAUCCCGAUCAAUCGGUCCGAAUAGAACUCUUUCACGAUAGAACAAGAGGAUAUGGAUAAUGUCCGUUAUCAUUGAAUCUUUCGACCAAAUUUCUUUCUGUUUCGUUUUAUCGAGAUACAGAAAGUACAACAAAGAGCUAGAAAAUACAUUCUUUGUCGUUUUACGACUAUCUCUGAGACGGACCUUCUACCAUUCUAUCUUAAUUAAUGAUUCGUUCAAGAACAGCCGCUCCCAUUUGUUUGCCAAUUAAUAUUCUUCAAGGACCAAUAAAAAAAAGAAAAAAAAAAGAAAAAAA